UGACAAUCCGCCGAGUGUGUAAACGACGAUCUGAAUACGGAGUACACUCUGAAUAUGCUGGCAAAUGAAGUUCAUAGGAGAUCCUCGGCACGCAGAUCUCCAUAUCCCUACUAGGGGGCGGCGAACAAUGGAGUUUCGCCGAAAUGCAUAUAAAAAUUGCCACACCACCCAGAGAGAUGAUGGCCGGAGAUUCCUCGUAGACUACCACAGACCUCACACCAUCUCACAAUGCAGUUGUACAAGCUCUUCGCCGUCCUGGCAGCCCUGCAGCCGGCUCUUGCCAAGAGCCUUAUUGACUUCUCUGCGGCUCGCAGCGAUAACCCCUCUGUCCUGGGCAUCCGCAACCUCGAAUCGGUGCGCGGUACUAAACCCAAGGAUAACACCAAUGACCUCUACAUCAAGUUGGAUAAGGACCCAAAGGGCACUCCUGCGCUGCACUUCCACCGCAAGAAGGACAACAUCCGGGCCGAGUACCACGCCUUACAGAAUCAGAUUAAGGCCGACCAGACCUAUUACAUUGGCUACAAGUUUUCCCUGGGAGCCAUUCAGCAGAGUCUGAUGAUCUGGCAAUUCAAGGAAUACUCUGCCAAUAACGACAAGGCCGGCGGUGCUAACAUCCCUCUCUCUUUGGAAUUCAAGAGCGGUAAACUGAAUCUCCAGUACCAAGCGUCCAGCUCUGCGAAGCGUGAGUCUCAGUGGUCCAAGGAAUUGAAAACCGACACCGUCUACUCCAUCGGACUCGUGAUCAACACCGCCCGUCCCGGGUGGGUUGAGCUCUACUUCGAUGGCGAGCAGCAGACCUUCGGCUCCGGCAACAAGAGGCUGAAGGCCAACACAUUCCCCGGCAAGGCGGAGCCCAAGUUCGGCGCUUACCGUGGCGAGGAAGUGCAAAUCGACACCUAUGUCUACAACGUCCAGAUCGGAACUUCCCUUGAUGAUAUCAAGGAGGCUGCUGGACUGGGCUCGUCUCCUAAGCCCACUGCUACUUCUAACCCCACCCCUUCGCCUUCCUGCUCCUGGGUGGGUCACUGCGAGGGUGCUUCCUGCACCAACGAGAAUGACUGCUCCGACGAGCUCGUCUGCAAUAACGGAAAGUGCACCUCUGGUUCAGCUCCGUCUUGCUCUUGGGAGGGUCACUGUGCUGGCGCGAAGUGCAGCUCUCAUGAUGACUGCUCCGAUGCCCUUGCUUGCACCAAUGGUGUCUGUGCCUAAUCCGUGUAUAUCAGGAUCUAUUUGUUUGCCCCUCGUUGGGGUGAGUAUUUCAUGGUUUGUCAUGGAUAGAAUACAGUAUACUAUCGAACCAA